UACUAAAUAUAUAUAUAUAUGAGUUUAGAUGGCGAAGACAGACAGGUAUAAAAGCUAUGGUCUGAGAGUUGUCGGUGGUCCUCAGGGUCCAAAAUCGCUCCUAGAUGCAGUUCGAGAAGCAGUCGUGAGUGGCUCCAUCGACACUAUAAAACCUUUAACGAAUAGCUUCUUGUCAAUCCCUGAAAAUGUAUCAAAAUGUAUCUGCCAGAGCGGCAACUCUAUAGCUCAUUUAGCCAUUGGUAAGGAUCCUACGAUGCUCAAGUACGUUCUUGAGACACUCAAAGGAAAUGUUAAUGCAGUAAAUUUCCAAGGCCGCACCCCCCUCCAUGAAGCAGUCACUCAUAAUUACGUCGAAUGUUGUAAAAUACUUUUGGAUCAUGGUGCGGACGAUUCACUGCAAUCCAGUACGUUAUCGACCCCGUUUCACACCGCUGCGUCUUGUGGAAGUGUUGAGUGCAUGGAAAUCCUCUUGCAGCAUAGUGGGGAUCCUGUUGUGAAGGUGAAUGAAUUGGACAAAAACAAAAGCUCCGCACUGCAUAAGUGUGCCUUUGGUGGGGAUGUGCAGGUGUCUCGCUGGUUAGUCGAGCACGGCGCGAAAGUAGAUGAAGUCGAUUGCAUGGGCCUCACACCACUUCUUGUGGCCGUCAAGAUGGGCCAAAAGGAUGUGGCCGAGUACCUGCUCUCACAAAAAGCUAAUCGUAAUAAGCAGGACAACAAGGGUAACUCCUGCAUCCACUUUUGUGUAGUUCGAUGUGACAUUGCCAUCUUGAACAUGCUCUUGAGCGCCGGUGCCAACCCCAACGUAGUUAACACCGAUGGGUGUAAUCCGCUCCACAUUGCGGCAAUUAACCAACGCCCGGAUUCCCAAGAGUGGGAGGAGCUAGUGGCGACCCUACUUUUAUCUGGAUGCAACCCCCAGCACGAGAACAUUUCUUGCAAGAAACCAGCCGACUAUUUGGGGCGUGGGCUCAAGAAGUUGCUUGUCAAGGAGGAGGUACAGCAUCGUCGUGAAUUGGAGCUAAAGGCACAGAAGGAGUUAGCGCAACAUUUGGAAAAGAAUAUUGCCACGCGGUCAAGGUGGUCUGCCAAAAUGUACAACAGUAUAACAAAGCGCGAGGAACUGGAGCGGAUGGAAGAUGAGCGUAUGACUAAAGAGGCAGAUGAUUUGUUUGCAGCGGAGAUGGAUAUAAGAACGAUAAUGGAGGAACUGGCUGAGAAAUUUCGUUUUCUAGAAGCUGAAAUUAUAAAGAAGAAGGCACUUGUCGAAAAGGCUUCCUCCAAGGGAAAAUGAACCGUUUCAAUAAAGUAGCGCCAGAUUUUAUUCAUUGAGAACAUGUAGACUAUA